UGUUGAUCUGCACAAAGAUACAUUUUUUAAGCUUUUCCUGCCCCCAGACAAGGCGCCCCAACUACCCUGCUAAUAACUCUGCUGUGAGGUUUUCAAUAAAAAGCCAGUGUUUGGGGGAGGUUCUAAGGGGCACAAAAUUAUUUUCCUCUUGGCGGAUUGGGGGAUAUUCCCUAGCCCUUAGUGGGAGAGACAACAGCCUUCCGGGCUGGAGACCCACAGGAGAAGGCAAGCCGGCCAGACGGGACAGGGUGGGUUGCUGCAGAGAUCUCUCCAGAGACCAGACCAGGGAGUUUGGUGUUUAGCUCAUGGGAGCCAGGGUGAGAAGUGAUUGGCAAAGGAGAGAUCAGAAAGUCUGUGCUACUGGAAGACUGAUCUCCAGACCACGUGGAUUGAACGAAGACUUCUUUCAGCAGCUCAAUGGCCUCCCCAAAGAAGAAACUUCAAGGUCUGGUUGCAGCAACCAUCACGCCGAUGACUGAGCAUGGAGAAAUCAACUUCUCAGUAAUUGGUCAGUAUGUGGAUUAUCUUGUGGAAAAGCAGGGAGUGAAGAGUGUGUUUGUGAAUGGCACCACGGGAGAAGGACUGUCUCUGAGCGUCUCAGAGCGCCGCAGGGUCGCAGAGGAGUGGGUGACAAAAGGAAGGAACAAGUUGGAUCAUGUGGUGAUCCAUGUAGGAGCCCUGAGCUUGAAGGAUUCACAGGAACUGGCCAAACAUGCAGCAGAAAUAGGAGCUGACGGCAUUGCUGUCAUUGCACCUUUCUUUCUGAAGCCACGGAACAAAGAUGACCUCGUUGAUUUCCUGAAGGAGGUGGCCGCUGCUGCCCCAGAACUGCCUUUUUAUUACUAUCACAUCCCUUUCAUUACAGGGGUAAAGAUUCGCGCUGAGGAGUUGCUGGACGGGAUUCAGGAGAAGGUCCCCACCUUCGGAGGGCUGAAAUUUAGUGACACGGAUUUCUUAGACUUCGGGCAGUGCGUUGAUCAGCAUCGCCAGCAGCAGUUUGCUUUCCUUUUUGGGGUGGAUGAGCAACUGCUGAGUGCUCUGGUGAUGGGAGCAACAGGAGCGGUGGGCAGCACCUACAACUACCUGGGGAAAAAGACGAACCAGAUGUUGGAGGCUUUUGAACGGAAGGACCUCUCUUCGGCCCUGAAUUACCAGUUUUGUAUUCAGAGGUUCAUCAACUUUGUGGUCAAACUAGGUUUUGGAGUGCCGCAGACCAAAGCCAUUAUGACACUGGUGUCUGGAAUUCCCAUGGGCCCACCCCGGCUUCCGCUGCAGAAAGCCUCCAAGGAGUUCACAGAUAGGGCAGAAGCUAAACUGAAGAGUCUGGAUUUCCUUUGUUUUCCUGACUUAAAGAAUUCAAACUUGGAAGCCAGCUAAUGCCUAUCAAGUCGGGGUGUGUACAUUGUGAUGUAACCUACCUUGAAGAGUGCAUCCAUUUCUCAAGGACUUUAUAGAUGAGCUUGCACUAAAGUCUUUCCUGUCAAAUGAGAUCUCACAUCAAUCAACAAGUAUUUAAGUACCUACUGUGAUCUUUAAAAAGCUUUGUUUUCUGAAGGGGCGAAAAAUGUAAAAGGAGUUGUGGGUCCUCAGUCAUUCAACACUGUGCAAACUUUGUGCGGAGAAAUGUCCACCCAUGCGGAUGAAAGGGAAUCAAGAGGAAAAUUGUAAUUAAUUCCAUUUGCCUUCAGUAGCUCCCAUUAUGUUGAUUUCUGGAUGUUCACCCUAUUGUACAGUUUUCUCAUUUUAAACCACUAGGGUAUACUUUCAUUUUAAUGAAUAUUCAUUUGGAAUCUAGGAAAACUCUGAACUGUGGCAUUUACUCAGAUGUGCUAACUUGAAUGCCAAAUUACAACGCCACUUAACCACACACAGUUAUUGCAUUAACACACCAGCUUACUCGGCCGCUCAGUCUAACUGGAGAACACCCACUUUCAGAUUGAUUGUGAUGUCACAGGUUUUCCCCAAAACACUGGCUUAGGUGAGGACUUGCUUCAGUUCUUCCAAGGGGCCCAAAGGAGAGGCCUUCUGAAAAGAUUCAAGUCUCCACUUGUUGCUCUAUGAGAACUCCUAAAAGCUCCAAGUUUCGAAGAACCAAAGAGUUCUCUGCUCAGACUUCCCCUCCCCGCACUGAUAAGGAAGUGUCACCCUUCACAUCCCCCUGAAUUAUUGGAAAGUGAAGGCCAUUGUCCCUUGUGCAGUGAGCCCAGGGGCUACUGUUGUUGCGGGAAGAAACUCACACCCAGAGGAGAUAGUGGAAAACACGAUAAGUUUAUUAUGUUCAUGGGUCCAGAGGAGUCAGUCUCCAAAUUCUGAACCCCGAACAAAGGAUUCUUGGGGUUUAUAUAGUCUGCAGGGUCUUCCUGUCUAUGUAGCAAAGCGGGAUACAGAAACGGAAUGUGGAAGUUAGUUCUAGCUAUAGGGCUCCCUAUACCCAUGUGGCAGAAGCAGAGUACAAAGGCUAAAUGCGGAAAUUAGUUCUGACUGGCGGGGGGCGGGGGGGGGGGUGCUAAUCUUAGCCCUUCUGCACAUCCUGCUGUUUGCUUUCCCAAACGGCUUAUUGCUCUUCCCAGGGUGCUUGGGUUUGGGUAAACAAAGGUUCUUCAAAGCUUCCCGCAUCACUGUUACUUCCCAGGCACACUUGCAAGGAGUCACUCAUCUUCAGCAAUAGGAGAUUUAUCAAUUUUAUACGAUGCAUUAAUCACAUAUGAAUUUUCUGAAAUCGGUGCUUGGAGAAUUUUUAAGAGGCUUAGUGAGAUCUUUGGAACACAAAGAGCAAUAUGAUGAUUAAAAUGACAAAAGUGACUAACCAAACAGAGCUGAGUUUAUCGAUCUAAUUUAUCAUCCAAUUCCACAGGAAUGAUUAUUAUAUAGCAGUGAGUUACCAGUAAUGCCUUUAAU